AUGGCGCGGCCGGCCAUGUCGGAUCGCGAGAUGCACGUCAUCGCGUCCGUCGAGGAGUGGAACAAGGGCCUUCCCGCGUCCGCACUGACGCAUAAAUACGCGCUCAUUGGCCGCUCGCCGGUUUCCUUCUUUCAAGGAACCAAUCACCUUUUCUGGGCUGACCUAAGCGGCGACGAGCGCCUGACGCGUUUCGGCAACAGUCGCACGGUGACGUGGAUCGUCGGCGACUGCUCGACGUCGUCGUUCACGGCGUCGGGCAGCGACAGCGAGGGCCCCAUGUACGGGCUGUCGCUCACCGACGAAUCCGUGAUCGCAGACUAUCAAUACGACGUCUGGCGACUCGCGACGAGCAUCGUGCUGCUCGCGCGGGAGAAUCUCGCGGCGGCGGGGUCCGGGGGGGCUUCCGCCGGUGGCGGAGCCGCGGGAGGCGGAACCGGAGGCGGAGGAGCGGCGGAAGAGGCGGUUUUGCGCGCGGUGGUGGUGGCCUUUGCGCGGAAGUACCUGAAGACGAUAAUGGGGUUCAAGCAGGGGGAGGUGAAGGGCGGAGGGGGAGGGGAAGGCGGAGCGGAGGGGAACGCGCGGAAGCUGUCGCAGGUGCUGCUGAUGUCCGGGGGGAACAUGAAGGGGCGGCUGGUGCGGUUUCUGGCGAUUGUUGAGAGAGAAUACAGCCGGCGGCGACUGCUGAAGAAAUGGUGUGUGGAGGAGGGCGGGAAAUGGGCGUUCCAGGAGCAUCCGGGGAGGCUGCAGGCGUGCCCCAAGUUUGAGGAAGACGCCGUGGUGGCGGCGCUCGCCUCGUAUGCGGAUGGAGUCAACGUCAAGGGGCUCGCUCGGAGCAUGCACGCUGAUCCUGCCUCCUGUGGCGUGAACCGAUACAUGGCUCUGACCGAAACGAGCAGUGGGGAGUUACAUGUGUUGGACGUGCGCAUGCAGCAGCGCCCCACAGCCUACCACUUCAUGAACCCUGACGAGCGCCGCGCCUACCGCCACCGCUUCCCCCACGAGACAGACCGGUUCUUGGAGGCCAGCGCUGCUCUGUGCUCGUCGCAUGACAGCAGCAGCAUUGGAUGGAUGGAGCUGCAGGAGGGUGUGCAUCCGAGUGCUGCCGGGCGGUAUUCAGUCAGAGAUGUGUCGCCAUAUGAGGAGGAAUACCCGGCCGCUGUGUCUGCAGAUGUCAAGUCAAAACUCAAGGGAUUUGCUCUCACGACUCAGGAGGGGUUAGUGGAGCUUGCGGAGGAUUGGGCACGUAUACUAGCAUCACAGCAUGCUGUUGCUGCUAGUCUGCUAGAUCCCGACCCUCCGGUGGAUCAACGGCCCGCGUUGUGCCAGGAGCUUGCGCUUCUAGCCAAGGCAGCGGCUAAGAAUGAGUUUGAGGAGCUUGUGUGGGAGGCCAUGUCGGCCAAAGAUGUGGACCCCGCAUUUCAAGGAAUCAGCCAUAAACCGGGAUUGGACGUGUGGCGAUUGGAGCAGGGCAAAGUGGUUCCUGUUCCCAAGGCCGACCAUGGCAAGUUCUACACCCGAGACAUCUACAUUGUGCUCAAGACGUCAGGGUCCAAAGCGGCAGGGGGCGUGACCCACGCCGUGCACUACUGGCUGGGCAAGGGAGCCACGCCAGAGGACGCGUCCCGGGCGGCUCUCAAGGCGCUGGACCUAGAUAUUGCCGUGGGCGGCAAGUCAACGCAGCACCGCGAGCAGCAGGGGCACGAGUCGCCGCUGUUCCUGUCCUACUUCCGCCCCUGCAUCAUUCCCGUUGCGGACGGGGCGCCUGGGGAGCCGAGGCUGUACCAGGUCAAGGGGAGACGAUUCCUGCACGUGCGGCAGGUGCCUUUCGCUCGCUCCUCUCUCAACCACUCGGACGUAUUCGUGCUGCAAGCGCCCGCCAAGCUCUACCAGUUCAACGGAGCCAAUGUCGCCAAGCAGGAGCGCAUUCGAGCCGCCGACGCCACUCUGCUGCUCAAGAGCCAGUCGCCUAACGGCAGCAUGCCCGUUGCUGUGAUUGACGAUGGCAAGGCGGACGAUGCGAGCUCGAGCGAGUUCUGGGACCUCUUUGGCGGCUUUGCUCCCAUCGCUAAGAAGAGCACCAGUGAGGAUGAUGUGGAGGCCAAGGCAGUGCCUCCCACGCUCUACCUAGUAACCGCGAAUGGCCUGCAGGAGAAAGCCAAGGCCCCUCUCAAGAAGAAUCUGCUGGAAAGCAGCAAGUGCUACCUGCUUGACACGGGUCCGAACCUGUUUGUGUGGUUCGGGAAGCUCAGCACCGUGUCUGACAGGCGGGCAGCCUGUGUGGCUGCAGAGGCGCAUAUGUCCAGCCGACCUGCCUCGGUGUUAGUGACACGCAUGAGCGAGAGAGGCGAGACAGCAGCCUUCAAGGCAGCCUUUGCGGAGUGGCCUCUCGCUCCUGUGAUGGGCGGGGGGAGGGAGGCGCCAGCAAGCUCAAAGAGAGGCGAGACUGCUGCCUUCAAGGCUGCAUUUGCAGAGUGGCCGCUCGCCCCCGUGAUGGGCGGUGGGGAGGGAGGCGCCAGCAAGCUCAAAGCCAUGCUGCGGCAGUCAGGCAUGGUGGACAAGGCAGUGGGGAGGGGGCCGCAGGCAGCAGCAGGGGCGUCACGUGCUUUUAGUAACCAACCAUCCUCUCCUUCCCUCUCCCCAACCUCUCCUUCCCUCUCCCCAUCCCCUCCGCUCCCCCUCUCGUCCCUCCCGUCGCCCCUCCCAGCCAUGCUGCGGCAGUCUGGCAUGGUGGACAAGGCAGUGGGCAGGGGGCCACAGGCAGCAGCAGGGGCAGCAGAGCCGCCACCCCCCCCUCUUGCUGAUGUUGCUGGCGAGAUGAAGGUGUGGAGGGUAAAUGGCAGCAACAAGACACCUCUACCAGCAGAAGAGGUGGGGCGGUUUCACAGCGGCGAUUGCUACAUCGUGCAAUACACCUUCACGCGCGACCGCAAGUUUGAAUACGUGGUGUUCCUGUGGGUUGGCCGCGACAGCACUCAGGAGGAGCGCACGUCUGCUCUCGCUGUGGCCGCCAGGACUGUCGACGCGCUGAGAGGAAACGCCACUCUGGUGCGGGUGGUGCAAGGGAGGGAACCCGAGCAGUUCAUCUCUCUGUUCAAGACCCACCUCUUCUUCCUCAAGGGCGGUUCCAACGACACGUACGACCCGGCAGGCGUGGCUCUCUUCCGCGUGCGCGCCCGGGGGGCGGCAUCCACUGGCGGGAGUGGUGCGGGGCUGUUCAAAGCGGUUCAGAUGGAUCCAGUGGCGAAAUCGCUGAAUUCGGAGGAUUGCUUCUUGCUCCAGACGCCGUCCAGCCCCUUCUUGUGGUUUGGCAAUGGCAGCAGUGCGGCGGACAAGGAUGCUGUGGCAGCUGCCGCCGAGAUUAUAAAGCCUGGCGCGCUGGUGAAGCAGGUGGUGGAGGGCAAGGAGACGUCCGUGUUCUGGCAGCAUCUGGGCAGCAAGGGCGAGUACCCCGCUUCUAAAGAGACCAGGGAGGCAGCGAGGGAAGGCAGGCUGUUCCAAGUCACGGGCAGUGGCGACAACUUCAAGGUGCUGGAGGUGCCAGGGUACAGCCAGGACGAUCUAAUCAGUGAGGACGUGAUGCUGCUGGACACGCACACGGAGGUGUUUGCAUGGACGGGGGUCAAUGUGCCAGACAAGGAGAAGAAAGAAGCUCUCAACUAUGCACUGCGCUAUUUGGACCGCGUGGCAGCAUCGGAAGGGAGGUCAAAGGACACCACGGUGGUGCGAGUGGUGGAGGGGUACGAGCCCCCCAUGUUCACGGCGCUCUUCCCGCACUGGGACCAUGCUGCUAGUGCGGCCCUAGCAGACCCGUAUGAGCGCAAGCUGGCCCUGCUGCAGGGCAGAUCGCUCGAGCUAUCAGAUACGGCCAAGCGUCGGCUCGCAGCGCUCACGCACCAAUCCCCAUCCGCCACGUCAUCCUCCUCCACCCCACGCACCUCCUCCACGCCCCACUCCCCCUCCGCCAAGCCCUCCCCCUCCCCCGCGCUCACCAUCUCCCCCGCGCUCAUCAAGGGGCUGGCGGGCAGGAGGGGGCCCUCCCCCGGUCCUUCACCCUCCACCCAGCGAGCCGCUGCCAUGGCUGCUCUUACCGGGACGCUUAAAGGGGAGCCAAGACUGGAGCCUCUCAAGCUUGCAAGGGGAAAUGCUCCCUCAGAAUCGGCCCAUGAAGCGGAUAACGAGGAUGACGAUAGUGAGGACGGAGAGGAGGAGGGGAAGAAGGGCGGUGCUGGCAGUGGUGAGAGUGCAGCUGCAGCAGGGGCAGCAGCAGGGGGAGAAGGAGGAGGAGCAGGGAAUGGAGAAGCAGCAGUGGAAGGGGCAUGUUAUUCGUUUGACAGGCUGAUUAUUGACAGCAAGAACCCGAUUCGAGGGAUUGACACCACAAGAAGAGAGUCUUACUUGUCAGAUGCAGAUUUCCUCCGCAUAUUUGGGUACGACAAGGGAAAGUUUUACGCAAUGCCCAAGUGGAAGCAGGACCAGAGAAAGCGCUCUCUAGGGCUCUUCUAG